GUAGGUGAGUUGAAAGGGCAAAGCAUACAUACAUACAUACUCCAAUAAAUACCUCCUCCCUUAGCUUUUCAUCCAUCACUAGCAACCAUCCGCCCGAAGGAGUAAUAUAUAAUUAACUCUCUCUGCCUGCGAUCAUCGAUCAUCAUGCCGUUGGUUCCGGGGCAAGUGGUAUGCGUUACCGGCGCCGGGGGCUUCAUCGCCUCCUGGCUCGUCAAACUCCUACUCCAAAAAGGCUACACUGUGAGAGGAACGGUUAGAAACCCAGAGGAUGAGAAGAAUCGGCAUCUGAAGGAGUUGGAGGGUGCAAAUGAGAGAUUAAGUCUGAUCAGAGCGGACCUUCUCCAUUAUCAGAGCUUGCGUGAAGCCAUCGACGGUUGUGAUGGCGUUUUCCACACUGCUUCACCCGUCACUGAUGAUCCCGAGGAAAUGGUGGAGCCGGCGGUGAUAGGGACGAAGAACGUGAUAACGGCAGCGGCGGAGGGUGGCGUGGGGCGGGUGGUGUUCACAUCCUCAAUCGGCGCGGUGUACAUGGAUCCGAAUAGAGAUCCGGACACGGUUGUGGAUGAGAGCUGUUGGAGUGAUCUGGAGUUUUGCAAGAACACCAAGAAUUGGUACUGCUACGGGAAGGCGGUAGCGGAGAAGACGGCGUGGGAGGAGGCGAGGAGGAAAGGAGUGGACAUAGUGGUGAUCAACCCGGUGCUGGUGUUAGGGCCGUUGCUGCAGCCCACUGUGAAUGCCAGUGUGCAUCACAUCCUCAAGUACUUGACAGGCUCCGCUAAAACUUACGCCAACUCCGUCCAAGCUUAUGUGCACGUCAAGGAUGUUGCCCUCGCCCACAUUCUCCUCUACGAAACCCCCGCCGCCUCUGGCGGUCGCUACCUCUGCGCCGAGAGCGUUCUCCACCGUGCCGACCUUGUCGACAUUCUGGCCAAGUUCUUCCCGGAAUACCCUAUCCCCACCAGGUGUUCUGAUGAAACAAAACCGAGAGCAAAACCGUACAAAUUCUCUAACCAGAAGCUAAAGGACUUGGGGUUGGAGUUCACGCCAGUUAAACAAUGCCUAUAUGAGACUGUGAAGAGCCUCCAAGAGAAAGGUCAUCUUCCCAUACCACCCAUCCCAAAAUGAUCAUAUCCCAAUUGGUUCAAGAUCAAAAUAUGAUAUGGAAUUCAGCAGUCAAUAAGUAUUUCGAUGAUAGAAUUAUUGUAUUGUAUAUUGUAUUGUCUUCAAAUGUUGUAGUGUCCGACUAGGGUAUUAUACUUUGGUACGGAUAAAUGAGUAGAAUUUUUUGUCUUUUGAAUAUGCAUUUCAUCUCAAAACAAUGAUAUUUAUAAUUUACAAAUAAUGUAUAACUCAAAAAAACAUUGUGAUACAAUUCUUAAUCGCUCUUUGAUACGAGCACAUAUAUCUUGCAGUCGGGUAUUUUUGUAAUAUCUUACAAGUUUAAGUUCAAGUCUGUUUGUUGAAUUCUCACACCGAAUAUAUGUGAAGGCAUUAAUGUAUGAUAACUAUGGGAAUGUUAGAUUACUGGGUAUGUUAGAUAGAUGGGAAUGUGAUUAAUGUAUAGCCUAUUUGUGUUUGGUUACGAUUAAGGAAUGUCACAUUAAGUUGUUUGGUUGAAUGAUAUCUUUUAUUGCAUAUUUGGUGAAUUACUUGAAUGUCAUUUAUAUAUUUGUCUCUUAACACAUUAAACUUAUCAAUUAUUAGAAAAUGUAUUUCAUGUUUUAAUUUUUUUUUCUCAAUUUUCAAUUGUAGUUCAUGUUUCAAAUAAAUAUACUUUAAGUUUUUAUAUGUAGCACUUCUUGAAUUAAUUUUUAGACAUGAAUUAGAAAAAUGUACCCGGCCCGACCCGUUACUC